UCCCUCCUAAUUUCCGCCGUUUCUUCUCGUCUCCUCUUUCCUUUCGGAUCAGGAAACUGUGCGUGUGCGUCCAGGAAAAGUUCAAAUCGCGUCUCUCGGAGAAAUUUCUGGGGCUGAUCCUGUCCAGAUCGAGCGGCUUCUUGUUGCGAGCAGACGGAUCGGGGUUCGGGAGCCCUGUGGGUGAGGAAAGGCGAGAGAUUCGGGAGAUUGUUUGGCGAGGGCGGGCGGAGAUGGUUGCUGGACCGGAGGUUAUGCAUCAGGUCGUUCCGAUGUUGGAGGCGUCGUUCCAUCGGUGCCCCUUGAAGGGGGGCGAGGAGGUGGUGGUCGCCAGGGUUGCGGUGUCGCCGCCGCCGCCGGUGGCGUCGCCUGAGGCGGAUGCAGAGGUCGAACUCGAGGUACCCGAUCUGGAGCGUAAGGCACCUUUGGAGACACUACAGUUUGUCCCCAACAUUAGAUCUGGUAGCUUCGCCGACAUGGGACCUAGGCGGUACAUGGAAGAUGAACAUAUCAGAAUUGAUGAUCUUUCUGGUCAUCUUGGCUCUCUGUUGUUGUGCCCAGCGCCUAAUGCCUUCUAUGGGGUUUUUGAUGGCCAUGGGGGUUCAGAUGCAGCAGCCUACAUGAAAAGACAUGCUAUGAGGUUGUUCUUUGAGGAUUCUGAAUUCCCAGAAGCAGUGGAAGAAGAUGAAUUAUUUUUUGGAUCCGUUGAGAACUCGAUCCGAAAAGCAUUCUUGAAUGCAGACCUUGCUCUUGCAGAUGAUUCGGUCAUCAGCCGAUCUUCUGGAACCACAGCUCUUACAGCUUUGAUCUUUGGAAGGCAGUUGUUGGUUGCCAAUGCUGGGGAUUGCCGUGCAGUUCUAUGUAGGAAAGGCACAGCUGUGGAGAUGUCUCGUGAUCACAGGCCAACUUAUGAUGCAGAGCGCCAAAGGGUCACUGAGUGUGGAGGAUACAUUGAAGAUGGCUACCUUAACGGUGUACUCUCUGUGACCCGGGCUCUUGGGGAUUGGGACAUGAAAAUGCCGCAAGGCUCGUCGUCACCUCUGAUUUCUGAGCCAGAGUUCCAGCAGACCAUCCUCACUGAAGAUGAUGAGUUCCUCAUUAUAGGCUGCGACGGUAUAUGGGACGUCAUGACCAGCCAGCAUGCUGUGAGCCUAGUCCGCAAGGGGCUCCGGCGGCAUGAUGACCCUGAGAGGUGCGCAAGGGAGCUUGCCAUGGAGGCGAAGAGGCUCCAAACCUUUGACAACCUCACGGUGAUCGUCAUCUGCUUUGCGUCUGAGCUCAGUGGGUGCUUGCCGCCUUCAGACCAGGCGUCGUCCAGAAGGAUGAGAUCUUGCAAGAGCUUGUCAGCCGAAGCCCUUAGCAACCUGAGGAGAUUGCUGGAAUCUGAUGAGUAGACGCUGUAGGCUGGCGAUGUAGAGUGUACGGCUGUUUUUGCGCAGCCAGCAAUUUUGUAGGGCAUUUCUCGGUAGCUGCUGCUCUUAUUUUUGUUUGUUCACUGCUAUUUCGGUGUACAUACUAAACCGGUUUCACGUACCGUUGAUUAGUUCCUUGAGAUAGCGAGGACUUAUUUCAGUGAGUGACUCCUUCCAGAUUCCCUGGAUUACCAAUUUUCUAUUUACGGUUUACGAUUCUA